CUAGCAGAUACGGAUGGCGGACAACUCUAUCCACAAAACGGCUUUCCGAACUUGGUAUGGAUCAUACAAGUAUUCGGUAAUGCCGUUCGGACUCACCAACGCACCGGCAACGUUCCAAGCCGAAAUGAACCACAUUCUACGACCACUUUUGGACGAGUGCGUGGUGGUGUACCUAGACGACAUCCUCAUCUACUCACGCCAUAUGAAGCAGCACGUCGAACACCUGCGAUGCGUCUUCGAAAUUCUUCGACGAGAACGGUUCUACGUCAAACUAUCCAAGAGCGAAUUCGCCCUUGAAAAGGUCCAGUUCCUAGGACACAUGGUGAGCGCUCAAGGAGUUCACGUCGACCCCAAGAAAAUCGAAGCCGUAUGUACGUGGAAGACACUGGAGAACAUGAAGGAGUUGCAGCAGUUCCUAGGCUUUGCGAAUUAUUACAACAGGUUCGUGCCACAGUAUGCGAAACUUGCAGCACCACUCACGAAUUUGCUGAAGAAGAACACGCCCUACAAAUGGGAAUCGAAGCACCAGGAAGCCGUGGAGCAGCUAAAAACAAGCACUCACGUCCGCACCGGUACUCAUCUUGCCAGAUCCCGAAUGCGCCUACGUAAUCGAAGCUGACGCCAGCGACCAGGCAGUGG